AUGGAUAGCCCAAUGUUUUCCAAGUACUCAUGGCUUGAUUUUCUUUUCUCGGUAGUCGGUGUGUGUACCUUCUUGUUUGACGUGGGAUCCGACAUUUGGGUCGCUACGGAGUUCUACUCGCGUGGGGAUUUCUUCUGGUUCGGAGUGUUGAUCGGCCUUAUGGUCCUGUCUUCGGUAGUGGUCCAGAUGUUUAGCUGGUUCUGGUUCAAAUACGACCGCGAACUGGAGGGCUUCGAUGAGCAAACUGCCAAGAAUGUCCUCUUUGGAGGCUGCGUCAAACUUUCAUUCCUGCUACAUGUACUUCAGCUCGGAUUCUUUUGCAGACACAUCUCAGCCAUAUGGCAGGGCUUCCGUGUGUGGUGGCGACAGGAGCAGGGCUCGGGGUACGCCGUGUACCUGACCCACGACCUGAGCAUGCUACGCCUCAUCGAGACCUUCUGUGAGAGCGCCCCGCAGCUCACCCUCAUGACCCACAUCAUGCUGCACAACAACAAGGCCAGGACGGUACAGUGUGUGAGUGUCGUGGCGUCAACUACUUCCAUAGCCUGGAUGGUGGUGGACUACCACCGCUCCCUGCGUUCCUUCCUCCCAGACAAGGCCAAGCAGGGCUGGGGCUCCGCCUUGGUCUACUUCCUGUGGAACCUGCUUCUCAUCGCACCGCGAGUGGCAGCGGUCGCCCUCUUCGCCACAAUUCUGCCCUCCUACCUGGCUGCCCACUUCCUGCUUAUCUGGCCAGUGCUGGUGUUCUGGGUAUGGCGGCAGGAGACAGACUUCAUGGACAGCGCAGGCGGAGAAUGGCUCUACCGGGCCACCGUAGGUCUCAUCUGGUACUUCAGCUGGUUCAACGUGGCGGAGGGAGGGACCAGAAGGAGGAGCAUCAUCUAUCACUCCUUCAUGGCUACGGACGGAGGGAUUCUGCUAGUCUCAUGGUGGUUCUACAGAGACCCGGUCCUGACACAGUCCUACGCCCCCAUCCUGCUGGCCACUCUGCCCCUCACCUACCUGAUGGGGGUCCUGUUUAAAACACUCUACUACUACUGUUUCCACCCAACGCUGUGGAUGCCCCCCGUCAGGGAGACAGGGUUAGAAGAGGAGCUGCCUGAUGGUCAGGAGAUGGUGUUCAGAUCCAUCGCCCCCCAAACUGGUUCUCCCCGGCUCCGUAACAAGAGGAUGGCAAGCCAUGCCACUCACUUCUACUCCGAGGAGGAAGCCAGGAAGCCCAUUAAGAUAAACGGGCGCGAGGCCAACACUGUUGUCUGACUGGAUGUGCUUGAUCUAGACUCUUAUUUACAUGCAAUGAUGGAGUGAUGAUGGAAUGUCUGGUGUCUUUUUCUAGAAUAUUCUGUUUUUCAUGCUGUAUUUUUGUAUA